AUGCCCACCUGUCACACAACGGACGAUCCAACAGCAGCAGCGAAUAUCAAGGAGGCUGCAGAGCACUGCCCACCGCCUGACCCUGAAACGCUGCUGGCCGAUGCUGUCACCGAGACCGUCACUGUGGGUACUCUUCCUCCUCUCCUCUUCCUGAACGAGACCGUUUUGGAGAAGACUGCCUCGGAGAGAGAGGAUGAGGAGAAGAUUCUCUCUCACACCGAAGACCAGAGGUCCGACCUCAUCUCCGGCGUGUACGAGGGUGGCCUGAAGGUGUGGGAGUGCACGUACGACCUCCUGGAGUGGCUGGACAGCGACGGGGAGACGUUUGGCGAAAAGAGAGUUCUGGAUUUGGGCUGUGGGGCUGGACUUCUAGGAAUACUGGCUCUGAAAAGAGGUGCCAGCAAGGUCCACUUUCAGGACUACAACAGCACCGUUAUAAAACAGCUCACUCUGCCGAAUGUACUGCUGAACAGCCAAGAGGACGGGCCUGGAGAGGAAGAGAGUGGUAGUGACAGUGAUGAAGACGGGAAGAGGAAAAACGAUUCUGAAAAGGGGAAAGGUGACGAGGACCUAAAGGACGGUGCUCCACCAGCGAAGAAGAGCCUCACUGAACCACCUCAGCACUCUGCGCUUCUGGCCAGGUGUCGUUUCUACUCCGGUGACUGGACCACCUUCCUUGCUUUGGUUGUAAAGGCUGAGCCGCCACCAAAGUAUGACAUUAUAUUCACCUCCGAGACUAUCUACAACACGGCGUAUUACCCAUCCCUGCACGAGACGCUCCAGGAACUGCUUGCCCCAGACGGAGUGGUGUACCUGGCCACCAAAGCCCACUACUUUGGGGUGGGAGGUGGACUGCUUCUGUUUGAGCAGUUUGUGGAGGAACAGGGCAUUUUCUCCCUGCAUCACUUAUGGGAUGUCGAGGAAGGGCUGAAGAGACAUGUGGUCAGCCUGUGUUUCAAAACAAGAAAAGUACUUGAAUUAGUUUCUGUAUGA